CGUCGCUAUAUUGUACGUCACAAUUUACGACGCACGCUGCUAGAUUGUUGUUUAGAAAUUAGCGGCUAGCAGUGAAUGCAGCACUUGUUCACAUGGCGAACGGAUGCAGCGAAGUGCUUUUUACGCGCGGAACUGGACAGAGUGAUGAUUCGGACAUAUGGGAUGACACUGCAUUGAUAAAGGCUUAUGACAAGGCAGUUGCAUCUUUCAAGACUGCCCUUAAGGCUGAAGAUGAGCCACAAGCCUCUAAGAAAAACCAACCAGGAAAGAAACGCAAGAACAACAAAAAGAACCAGAGUAGGAAAAGAAACAAUGCACCACCAGACAAAGAGUGGCAGGUUGGGGACUCAUGCAGGGCUUACUGGUCAGAAGAUGGCCAGCUUUAUGCAGCCACCAUCACCUCUAUAGACAACAAGAGAGGCACUUGUAUAGUUGUUUAUACAGGCUAUGGCAACGAAGAGGAGCAGAAUCUUCAAGACCUGCUCUCAGAGUUUUCUGAGGGUGAUGAGGAAUCAAAUACCAAGGAGCAUGAAGCAGAAUCAUCAACAGAGGAGAGUGACAGGUCAGCCACUCCAAACCAGCACAGUCAGUCACACAAUAAGUCCCACAAGUCCAAGGCUCACAAAGGAUCACCUCCUGUGUGGGCUCCUGGUUUUCCUGGAUUUCCCCCAGGACCACCUCCAGUGCAUGCUUUCAGACAGGGGAGCAGCAGGCGAUCUGGUAAUCACGGACCUAUACCCCCUCCAUGGCCUCCCAUGAUGCCUUUUGGACCACCAAUGGUUCCUCCACCACCACCGAUGAGCCCCGACAUGGUGGAUGAUGAGGCCUUGGGCACAAUGCUCAUCUCCUGGUAUAUGAGCGGAUAUCACACAGGAUACUACCUGGGGCUGAAACAAGGACGCAAAGAAGCUUCCAACUGGACAAAACAGCACAAAUGAAGUGGCAGCCUCCCCGCUCGUUGUUUUGUCUGUUCAUAUGACUUCAUGGAAGAAAGUUUUGUAUUCUUUGUAAAUAGAAGAAAUAAAGACUGAGAACACA